UGAGAGGGCUGAAGUUGGUGGUCGCUACGUCCUCACACAGAGCUGUGUGUCAGUCAGAGUUGUGGCGUGGAGAUUCAGCGAAGAAACCGAGAACUUUAAGUUCCUUUUUAGUGACGAAGAAGUUUUAGCCGUACAGACAUAAUGUCCCGGAGGUGACUGCAGUGAUAGCUUACGGUAUGGAAAACUUUACAUUGUAACUUUGCGCUGGGCUGUCGGACACUGCUGUGUUCCUGAAUGACAACACUGACUACCGCUGCUGCUCCGUGUAUUAUUUCUAGUAUGCCACGCAGGCAGCUAACUUCUCCAAAGAAAAGAAAACUUUGCCCACUACUCAGUCGUGGCCCGCACAGUAUGAUACUUUGACAUUUUCUACAGUUUCACGUGGAUGUCCUUAUAUUUUAAACCCGAGGAUGAUGAAGGUACUUCGGAGGUACAUGAGAGGGAGUGGGAGGGUACUCGCAUUUGUGUUCAUUGCCUCUGUCAUUUGGCUGCUGCUCGACAUGGCUGCACUCCGCUUAUCAAUAAACGAUGCCAACAGUCAGUUGCUGAAGGAGAAAGUGAUAAGAGAAAGGGAGACUUUUAAACAGCAGUCCAGGGUGACACAGGCGGUGAGAAGGGGGUUUAAACACCCGGUUCAGAGGGUGGACUUUGCUGUCACACAUGCUGGGAAAGGACCUAUUAAUCAAAGGAACAAGGUGGCAGAAGUAUACAGAAAGGGGGGCAUGAAACAGGAUCAAAUUCUGGGAGGUAAAAAGGUGAACCAAGAAGAUAAUCCUCUAAAGAUUGAUCGCCCCAAAUCUGCUAGUAAUGGACAUGAAGAAGGAGCUGCUGUACAAAGUGUCACACCAAAGCAGGAUGUUCCUUCAAAUAAAAAAGCAGUGAACUUGGAUCUGAAUGAGAUGAAAUUAGAGAAGAGUAGAGCAGCAUAUGACUUGGUUAAAGUGACAUUACCUGUAGUAGUGCCUAAUGUAACCCAAGUGCCUCCCAGAGUUAAGGAAAACAAACAUAGUCUGCUACCAACCUCAAAGAAGGGACCCAUUAAACCUGGGAAUGUUGUUCAAAAUGCCCUGGACAAAAUUGAAUCAAAGACAAAUGAAAAGGUCAAGGAUGAGACUAAGAUGAAGACUGGAACAAAAGUGAGUCAGCUUAAGGCUGAGGAGGCACACCCUGUUCACACAACCUCUAAACCUCAAUACAAGGACGUAAAUAAUAAAGCAGAGGAGAAACACAUUAGUAAAGACACCAAGACUGAUGUGAAGGCAGCAACAGUGAAACCUGCAAUCAAAGUCCAAGCAGGGGAGGACUCCAAAAAUAACUCUGCCGUUGUCAGAAAAACAGGGCUCCACAAAGUGCUUUCUCUGGAUGUGACCAGCGCUCCAAGAGAUCCCAACGCAGUGGGCCAGUUUGGUCAGGCAGCACUUGCUGGCAAGAAUGAAAAUGCAGAGGUGAAGAAGAGAUGGGAUGAGGGGCAUUUUAAUGUCUUCCUGAGCGAUAAGAUCCCAGUGGACCGUGCCAUCCCAGACACCAGGCCUGAGAUGUGUGCACAGAAUCUGGUCCAUGAUAACUUGCCUUCCACCAGUGUGAUUUUCUGUUUCGUGGAUGAAGUGUGGUCCACGCUCCUUCGCUCUGUGCACAGCGUGCUCAAUAGAUCUCCACCACACCUCCUCGAAGAGAUCAUUCUCGUGGAUGAUUUCAGCACCAGAGACUAUCUGGGGGAGCAGCUAGAUAAAUACAUGUCCCAGUUUCCCAAAGUGAAAAUCAUCCGUCUGAAGGAGCGGCAGGGCCUGAUCAGGGCCAGGCUGGCUGGAGCUGCUGUAGCUAAAGGUGAGGUACUUACCUUCCUUGACUCCCACAUUGAAUGCAACGUGGGCUGGCUGGAGCCGCUUCUGGAGAGAGUCUAUCUUGAUCGCAAGAAGGUGCCCUGUCCAGUUAUUGAAGUCAUCAGUGAUAAAGACAUGAGUUAUAUGCUGGUUGACAACUUCCAAAGAGGUAUUUUCAAAUGGCCUUUGGUGUUUGGCUGGAGCGCAUUAUCAGAGGAGUACAUUAAGAAGAAUAACAUGACCAUCUCAGAUCCCAUCAGAUGUCCAGUUAUGGCUGGAGGCCUUUUCUCGAUUGACAAAAAAUACUUCUAUGAGCUUGGUGGCUAUGAUUCUGGCCUGGAUGUGUGGGGCGGGGAGAACAUGGAGAUUUCUUUUAAGAUCUGGAUGUGUGGAGGGGAAAUUGAGAUUAUUCCCUGUUCUCGAGUGGGACACAUCUUCCGGGGACAGAAUCCUUACAAGUUCCCCAAAGACAGGCAGAAGACAGUGGAGCGUAACCUGGCGAGGGUGGCAGAGGUCUGGCUGGACGAGUACAAGGACAUUUUCUACGGCCACGGCUACCACCACCUGCUGGAUAAGAAGAACAUUGACAUUGGCAACCUCACCGUGCAGAAUGAGCUGAGGAAGAGGCUCAAUUGCAAGAGCUUCAAGUGGUACCUGGAAAAUGUGUAUCCGGAGAUGGAUGCUCCUUUAGUCAAAGCUGAAGGCCUGGUCUUUAAUCGUGGCUUAAGGAAAUGCCUCACUCUGCAGAACGUCUCCCUGUCGUUUGAGACGUGUGAUCUCAGCAAGCAGAGUCAGCAUUUUAAUUACACCUGGAUGAGGCACGUUCGCCAGCAAGAUCUAUGUGUCGCACCCCACGGCAAGGGCAACGGUUUCGCUUUACAACUAUGUGACAACACCAAGCCUGAGCAUCGCUGGUUCCACAAAUCCUCCAACUCGGCUCUGGCGGAGCACCUCAUAGCAGAGUAUGUUUCCCAUCACAUGUGCCUGGAGGCGGGGCCCCAGGGUGACACUCUCCACCUCAAUCCAUGUGAAACCAGAAAUGCCUUCCAAAAAUGGCAGUUCACACACUACCAUGCUCAAGGGUGAGAUUGAAAAGUGUCAAACAUGCACUAUACAGACCUUCAGUGGCCUCAAACUACGAUCCAGUCUGUGGUCCAAACUCAACUCAUGACUGUCCAGAGGAGGUGGGAGGGGCUUUGGUGGCAGUGAUAUGUGGUGUAUUCAGAGGGUGUGGGGAUGUGCAAUGUUUCUAAUUUCCUUUGUAUCAUAUCAGCAUGGACUGACCUUGACUUUUAAGUGCCGGAGGAAAGAGAGCAUCUCUGUUUGAUUUGGACCAGAGUUUGCUAAAAGGAUUCAGGUGAACGUCUAUGGAAAAAUACGCCAUACUGAGCACAACAUAUCAUCUCACUGCCAAAGAUAAACAGUGCCUCUUAGAUAUGAAAUGUAAAAAAAAAAAUAUUUUUUUGUGUUAGCUCUGCUGGGACUGAAACAUGAGUUUAAUUGCAUGUAAUGUAGAAUGUAUACAUUUGUUUUCAACAUAUCACAUAUUUUCGGUGAGACAUCUUUUCUAGAUGUCACAUUCAUUUUUUGUUUUGAGAGGCACAUGGGUGAAACAGCUGCUUCUGUGGUUUCAAUUGCUGCAUUAUUUAGGUGUAGGUAUUGUGAAAACUGUCCCUUUUGUAUGAAUUUUUUAUCUUGUCACUAGAGGGAAGUGUUGGUUCAAAUCACGAUAAAUCGGUGCUGUGAUUUCAUUAUUUCGUGGCCUGUUUUCAAACCCUUCAUGGAAAUGCAUUUUCUUAAGAAAGUGAAAAUAAAAUGAUGGCGAUGAAGAUUCAA